AUGGUCGUCCAGCAGCAUGUUCUCAACUGGCUAUAUAGCGUCCUGACCAGCGAGUAUCACGAUGUCAAUCGGACCUACAACGAUGUAGCCCAGGCUCUCUCACAGUAUCCGUCCCUGUCGCCGAGGACCGACGUGCAUACAUUCGACCAUGGCGUCUCAGCCCUCCUCCUGCAUCUCUCGGGAACGAUACCAGUCGUCUUCCGUGGUACAACCUACCGAUUCCCCAUCUCGAUAUGGGUGCCUCACGCCUACCCGCGUGAACCUCCGCUAGGCUACGUGACACCCACCGAGACCAUGGUGGUUCGUCCCGGCCAGCAUGUCGAUCCGCAAGGAAGGAUAUACCACCCUUAUCUUGUUCGAUGGGCUGAGUUCUGGGAUAAAUCCUCCAUAUUGGAUUUCAUAGCCAUACUACGGGACGUAUUUGCCAAAGAACCUCCUGUCGUCGCACGCCAGCAGCUCCGGCCACCCCAGCAACAAUCAACCCCAUCACCAACACCCCCUCCUGUCCCUCCUUUACCUCCGAACAUGGCACGGCCCAGUCCUCAGCCAACCCAAUCGCCACAUGCGAAUAGCCCAAGGCCACCACCUCCUCCACCGAAGGGAGAUGAUCUUCCUCAGGUCGUGUCACCUUCAACUGCCCGACCUGACGGCCCUCCUCUCCCUCCUUUACCUCAAAAAGGGGUGCAACAGCCGAGUCAGUAUACGAACCAGCCGGAGAGACAAGUCGCACCAGCUACGAAUCGUCUCUCGCGCUAUGAUACCGCACCUCCAUUACCACCACAAGGCCCUCAAUCACACGUGCAACCUCCACCAAAUCCGCAAAUGCAAGCGCCACCACAAGCAUACGCCCAAACAACUCCAAAUAUACAAUAUCACAAUCAACAACGGCUCAGUUAUUCACAAGAAGCUGCAGGGCCCAGCUCACAGCAACCACUGGACCAGAGACGACAAUCAUUUGUCCCCGGAACCGCUGAGCCUCCCUCAUAUGCAAGCGGUCCUCCUCCAAACUGGCAGCAACCAGUUCCCCAGCAGCCUGCUCCUCAACCUGUCGCUAAACCUCCACCUCCGCCCGAUCUCAUGGACGAACCGCUCACGCUCUCCCUACCAUCACCUUCAAAUCUCCCGGCGCCCCCAAUUCCACCCAACCCCGAGAAGGACGCGCUUCUACGCCAACUUGCCUCAACACUAUAUGCAAUGCGCCAGCGCGCCCGACAGCAAAACGAGUCCUCUCUCACAGGCCUAAACGCGCAGCGCACCGCCAUGCUCACGGCCCUGCAAAACAUGCAGAACGACUCGGCAGCACUAACUCCGCUAUCCAAUCUUCUCGCCUCCAACACUGCAGUCCUGCAGUCCUCCCUCAAGGAAGCAGACGCCGUCAUAAGCAACAGCCAGACGCACAAACCUCCCGCCAUCGACGACCUACUCGUCGCUCCCACCGUAGUCGGCAACCAGUUAUACGACGUCGUGGCCGAGGAACGCGCUCUCGGCGACGCCAUCUUCGUGCUCGGCCGCGCCGUCGAGCGUGGCCGCAUCUCGCCCGCCGUGUUCGCGAAGACGACGCGCGGCCUCGCGCGCGAGUGGUACCUGAAAAAGGCGCUCGCGCGCAAGAUCGGUCGGGGCAUGGGGCUCAGUGGGUGA